AGUAUGUUGUGUUUGCGGCAGCGGGCGGCGUGUCUUCAUUGUUUGUUUGGGGCUGCGAGCUGACGGACCGUGGCCCGUGGCCCUCCUCCAGCACCGGAGGCUGGACCGAGUUGGGCCACUCUCGGAGGAGGUGAAGGGUCACUCCAGCAGGUGCAAAUGGUGGAAGCUGAGGGGAUCGGAGCCCAGGGUGAGCUGCCUUUCUCAGGAGCACCGCUGAGAGCAGCCUGACAAGUUGUAAUUCCAUCUGAUAUUGGAGCAGCCAAGCAUCGGACCAUAAGUCCCCACAAAGGACAGGCAAAACUCCAGAGUGUUGAGUCAUGCAGGAUGGUGAAUGUUUAAAAUAGAAGGCUUGCCAUGGCAACAUGGGUGGAGGGGAAACCUAUCCCACCCCAAAAGAAUACUUUGAGUGAUGUGAAUAAUAUUGUCAGUGAAAAAAAGGCUCCCUGGUCUCGUGUGAGUCCUCUUUCAGAUGCAAGCAAUAAAGCCCUUGAAUCGACCACUGCAACUUCCCCACAUAUAUUUGACGAUGGCAAACUGAAUUAUAACUUGGGUUCAGCAACUAAGACUCUAAUAGAACCAAAACCAAGAGUUUCUCCAAGACUAUUCUCUGCGGAAAAGUAUUCUGUGCCAUCCUCACCGCUAGGGAUCACGCAGCCAACUGUUGCAGUGCCAAGGCCGAAGAAUGCAAUUCUUUCAGGGAAAUUCGCGAUAGCUACAGGUGACGAGGAAGCAAACUUUGGGCGGACAGAGGCCACUCAUGCACCAACUGGGGCUGCUUCAUCACUGUUGUUUUCUUCUGCUCCAACUUCUUCAGUAGGACCUAGUGGUAUCGGUUCGAUUGGGGCGGGCAGUUCUCAGGAUGACGAAAGUGUGCCUAAUUUGCCUUCGAUACCAAGACUCUCCAAAGUUGCAGAUUCCUCUUCAAGUGCAGUCUUGAAUUUGGAAAUGAUGACAGAAGAGGUGAGAGGGAGUUCCAGAGUGAAGCCAACUACGUUGGUUAUUUUGGAAACUUCUCAAGUGCUAAAAUCUAAGAAGUCUGGUGAAGAUGAUCAAAAAGCUGGGAAGUGGACAAGUAGCAAUCAGGAGAUGCAAGCGACCACAAAACCUUUUGUAUUGCCUAAGUCAUCCCUUCCAUUGAAGAAGGGCAGCCCAAGUGCUAUUCAAGGGAUUGGGACAUCAAAUCCCACAAUGCUUUCUUUGGAUCAUUUAGGAAAGUUGGACCAGACUGUAGAAGAAGACAAAGGCAAAACAGCUCAGGAAAAGGAUAUUGUCGAGAGCCCACUUUCACACAGGGCCCAUGUAAGGAAAUCUAGACCAUUAUCUACCUGGCUUUCUGGAACUACAAAUGACCAUAAUUCAGAAAUCACUGUAAAACAAGAUGAAAGUACUUCUCCUCCUGAAAAACCUUGGCUUAAAAAACCCAGGCCUUUGUCAAUGGACCUAACAGCCAGAUUUGAACCAGCACGUUCCUCCUUUUACAAAGGAAAUAAUUGUGUACCAGAGGAAAGCAAAGAAAAUGUCCCAGUUAUGCAAGUAGCUGGUGCUUCGUUCUCAGGGACUGAACACAAGACGCCAGGUCAACCUGAAGAGACUGCAGCAGAAAGAGAGCAGUCCAGGUCUCCAGCUUCUCCCGAUGACCAUGAGGACAAGGGAGGGGGUUACUCUCAUGUUAAAGAAAAGUUCAAAAGCGUCCCAAAGAUGGAUAUCAGUAAAAAAGAUGUCAAUGCUUUUCCAUUGACUGAGCUCGAUAAUAAAGAAGCAGUCACUUCACUGGAAAGCAAGGCACUGUGGCAAAGUGACUAUGGUGAUGAUAAAGCUAAUGCAGGACCCAAAGGUGAGGAAAAGGAAGAAAGUACAUUCAGCUCCUCAUCAAAAACUAACAAGGAAAAAUUGGAAGAUGACCAGGAGCAACAUAAAAAUUUGACAAAUAGGGAAUUGGAUAAAAUUUCUUCUAACCCGGAGCCAACAUCAAAUGAUGAAAAUUCCUUUCUGGAUUCCGAUGAUCGAAAGCGUAAAGGAAGUAGAACGCCAGUUUCUGGUGGGAUAAUUAGAAGGCGCAUUAGCCUUCUCUUGGACUCCGCCAGUAACAGCACAGCAAAGACAGAUAGUCCACAGACAACUGUCGAGAAGGAAAAGAUGAGCAUACGUGUUAAGCAGCAAAUCCAAAGCCUUACUUCAGAGAACAAAGAACAAAUCUCGAGUCCCCAAAGGCGACAGUUCCAGCCGAGACCUCUAUCUUCAGAUAUAACUAAACUGUUUGAGACGCGAGCAGUUGGCGACGAAGGUCGCUUUGAGAAGCAGGUGGAUGUGACUGUCUUUUCAUCUCCGGAACGCUCAGUUUUGCAGAGCACCCCAGAACAGAGAGGGAGGGGAAGCCUCAGCAAAAGGAAUGAAGUUGAAAGAGACCUGGCAGAGAAGGACCAAACACACUUGAUGGAGACUGACACCGAACUCACUUGGAGCCGGCGUAAGUCGUUGCGGAAAGUGAGCAAAGGUUUGGAAAAAGGGAUCACAGACGAGAAACCCAGCUCUGAGAAAAUCAGCAGACGAAACAGUUUUGUCAGGAUGAAGGAGACAAAGGGCCAAGUAAACACAACCAAUGCAGCUGAUAGUGUUUCCUCAAUGAGCGAAACUACUUCCCAAAGUUCAGAUGGAAAGAAAAGUGACUCUGACACAAAAUCUCUAAGAAUGUUUAUAAUUGAAAGAGAGAUGCAACACCUUCAGGAACCAGAGUCUGUUGCGCCGGAUAGUUCCUCCCAUUCACUGAAUUCCUUCCUUGAUAAGGAUAGAAGACCAGAACAAGCUUCAAGAUCCAGGUCAAAGAGUUACACAGCAAUGAAAACAACAGUCGACAUCGUGCAUGGUGAACAAGAGGUGAAGAAAACAAAAUCACUGCAGCUCGAAGCUAACUCUUUGGAGGGGAAAGAAAAAACGUGCUUUGAAAAAGAGAAACAAUCUGAUCCCGGGUGUUCCUCCUCAAAGGUUACUGAACUAAAUGUUUCCAGUUUUCUGUCGUCUGCAAGCAAUGAUAAAAUUGAUACCGUGCAAAAAGUAAGUGAAAAAGUAGUUCGGUCCUCUCUCCCUGCAACAUCUGAAGACAAGGCUGAGGCACAGAAGGUGAGGAAGUCGUACAUUGUGACUGACCAAACAAAACCUGAAGGAAAGGACAGCAGUUUCAGGAGGCGCUGGUAUCGGCCACAUCCCACUGACGCCAGCCGUUUAUCACAGUCGCCCUCAUCUGCACCAAAUUCUGAAGUCAAAGGAGCUGAGGUGCCUAAUGCUGUUCAGAUUCGGCAAUCUCAUGAAAAGAUGCCAAACUCGGCAAUGCUGGAAACGGGUGUAGUUGGAAAGAAGCUGCUGAGAGUAACACGGCAUAGCUCGUUCAGUAACCCAGACACAGCUACUUCAAAAAGUAGCUCGAGGUAUCUUGAGAAAACAUACAUUGACUCAACCACUCAGGAAAUGCUGCCCUCUACUGGAUUAAAGCUUCCAGACGGCAGGGAUGAUACUGAGGCGGGGAAAGAAACUAAACGUUGGUUUCAAGAUGACACAACUUUGGAAAUCUAUCGGAAGGCCAUUCCAAGAGCAAGAAGGAAUGAGAAAAGCAAUAAGUUUUCGACAGGAGCCAACUCUGCAGCUGAUCAAGUGACUGAUUUUUCAACGGAGGCUACCUACCAAAAACAAGUUUCAGCCAAUAGGAAGUCAGAGAGCUUCUUUGAGGAGUACUCCAAAGGUUAUCCAAAGAUUUCCACUCCAGAAAAGCAGAAAUCAACUUUGUUGUCUGAAGAGUUUCUUUCCAGUCCACUGACAAGUGGAAUGGAUAAUGUGUCAGAGGAAGCCCAUGUAACAUCGCCUGUGAGAAGGUCGAAAACAGCAGAUAUUGAGAAAUCAAAAAAGACAAGGAGCAGUUUGCCACGCAAAAGCCAUAGUGUAUUGGAUCUUGAUGUUUUGAUGUUGGAAUACAGAAAAGAAAAUUCAGAAAGAAAAAUUGAUGAAGAGUCAAAAAGUUUCCAUUACCAUGAUAAAAAGGAUAGCCAUCAUUCCAAAACUCUUCAAGAAGGUUAUGAAGAACACAGAACACCAAAGUUGACAAAAUUUGCUGAUCAAGACCUUGGAACAUCUUCCCCUUCAGGCAGAAGAAAAGUUACUUCUGAUAAGCAUAAUAAAAAGGCUUUGCAUCAUAACAUCCUUGACCUAGAUGCUCUGAUGGCUGAUUAUUCAAAAGAAACAUCAAGGCCAAUGGAUUCUCUCCAAAAGAUGUCUGGUUCAAAACCAACCAGUGGCAGGUCUACGAGAACAAAAACUGAAAAUACCUUAUCACCUCUUUCAGAAGGAGUGAAGACUUCUAGGCGAAAUGAUCAAAACAAGAAACAUCAUGAUGCCGAAUUUAAAAGGGAUGUUUAUGAUGACACAUACACUGACUUGAAAAAAAGUCUCACAGAAAAGAAGAAAAGCAGACCUUACUCAGCUUACUGUGAAUAUGAAGAGGUGGGGAAGAAUGUUUCUUCAACUCGCCAGAAGUCAGAGUGUGAAGGAAGCGAAGAAAUGGAUGGUGUCACCAGCACAAUAGCCAAUAUAAUUAGACGGCACAAACAUGAGAAAAGGAAAAGCCAACCAUCUCCAGCCUCUCCAGGGUACAGUGACUUGCAACAGUCUGAUCUGCUUGGAGGUGGGCAAAUGACUGAUGCUGGCAGGGACAAAGUGAAAUUUAGAAAGGAUGAUCAGUGGGAACCGGUGCCAAGCCGCAAAAAGGACUGGAGUGAUGAGGCAAGUUUCGUAACUUGGGCAGCGAUGGACAGUUCAAACCAAACGCUGGAAGGUCAUUACCUGAGUAGUAAAACCAGCUUCUUGGAUGACUUGGACAGCUCAAGGAGGCCUAUUUAUGGUUCUUCACAUGUAUCGGAGAAAGAAAAGUACAUUGAGAUGUCAGUAGACAGCGAGCAGCACGUGAAAGUGGAAAGCAGGACAAAACACCGUGGAGAACACUCUGGCCAGAAUUCUCCUCGAAUAUCAAGAGUCCAUCCUAAAGAGCCGCAUCAUUCUGUUUCGGAGGUUAAAAAGUCAAGACCUAUAGAAGUUCACAAGGAGACACAAAAAGCGUUCGAUGGGCUUAUAAUAAACCAGCAAGGUACAUCAGCAGACGAUAAGCAUUAUGAAGGAAGAAGGAGCAACUCAUCUGACAGAGUUCAACACCGUGGCACAGAGAUUUCAAAGCACAGAUUGCCGUCAACGGUGGAGGAUAAGAUGGAUUCCCAGCCUGUACAAAAGGAACCAAGUGUGGAUUUCCGAAAGACCACGAGGCGGUCAAUUGGGGAUAUGCUUCACCUGGCUGUAAAGGGCAAGAAACAAAAUGAAGAGAAGACCCACUCUGGACGCGAACUACAGUGGGGCAAAUGUCCAGUCCACAAAGCAGACAGGGUGAAGCAGUGCUUCGUAACUCCCAACAUAAAGGCAAAGGACACUGACGCCCUUGUGCAGGAGAGAGAGCAGAUUUGCACGUGUGACGACAAAGAACCAUAUGGCACCUAUGAAGAGAGAGGCUACAGCACAAGUGAGGACACCGAACCAUGCAGCAAAUACAGUGAGCCAAAGGACUAUGAAGACACAAUACCAGUGUCGCCCUGCAAGGACCGUACUGCCGAUCCAAGAAGCACAUCAUUAUCCUCAGAGGUGACCCAUGCCAGUGAGCAGCCAUACUCCCUCCAGGAACCCAGAUCCAUAAGCCGUGGCCUUUCAAGUUGUGAACUGGAGUUGACGGAUGACACGGAUAGUUCCCAGUCUACCGGCCUAGUCACUCAAGAUGACCAAGCCCCUCAAGGAUUCUCAUUCUUGGAGCCCGUGACCACACUGGACAGCUAUGCCCAGAAGAGUCGGGUCCAGCUCAGCAGGAAAACUUUCCGUCGGGCACCAACAAAGCACAGGAAGGGAGGCUGGGCAGACCAGGUCGAUGGCACAGACCCGUUUUCUGAAAGAAAUAUGGAUCCAUUCAUGUACAGAGAUUCAACAGAACCCAGGCCAUUGGAACAGGAAGAAUUGACUACAGAGGAAGACAAAGAAUGUGAGAAACCUCAGGUGUUACCGCGUCAAAAAGUUGCAAUGUUUCCCGGAAUGGACCCUGCAGUACUGAAGGCAAGUCUACGGAGACCUCGACCAGAGGUUGAAGCUCCAACUGAAUUGAAUUCCAAAUCUUCCAAGCUUCAUCCCCAGCAAGGUUUCAGAGUUCUGCCACCAACAACUGGCAAAGGAGAAAAGUCCAAUGCGGCAGUUCCUUCAUGGCUACAGGAACUAAAAUCAAAGAAAAGGUUGAGUCAGAUUCAGCCUUCGUCUGAAGACUAAUGAAUGAAAGACACUCAACAGAAAAAUGAGUCCGAUACAAGCCUUAAAUGUCCACCAACGUAAAAAGAGAAAAAAAAAACUUGUGCUGCUCUCGUUGCUUCCUGCCUCGCUACCUGCAUGGUGCCUUCCCAUAGUACUUUGUGAAUAGGCUGCUUAAAAUUCAUACAUGAAACAGAAUAAUGCUCUAUUUUGUCAGAUACUAGGGUUCAUUGCCUGGAACUCUUAAGAAAUGUCACUUUAAAACAAAUAAUAAUAAAAAAAAAGAAACAAUUCUCAUGACUGUGAUUGAGCUGGGGGCUCUCCACAGUGCUUCAGUUGUACAAGGGGUAGUAUCUGUGGAAGUUGGGAAUUGGAGAGAACAUGACCCAGGAAGUUCUGGUGCAUACAGUCACUCUUACCAAUUUGGGAGGACAACUACUCUGGGGAAUUCUCGGAACAGUGAGUGCUCUAACACAAAGAACAGAUGAGCCAAACUCAUUGAAAUGGAAUUUACCGUCAGCUGACCGGGACUAUCUUACAUGAUUUUUGCUAUUUGAGAACUGCUGAAGCUUUGGUGCUAGUGUUAAAAGUUCUAAAAAUCAAUUCCUUGCUUUAAACCUGUCUGCAUCACCUUUGUUAGUGAUCCAAUAACCUCUGUUCACUGUAUGUUUUCCUAUCAUUCGUGCCCAUGGGAUGAUCUGUGUGUAGCAUUAUAUUUGUGUAAUGGGGAAUUGAGUAUUAAAACCAACGAUUUUCAUCUCCUCCCAUCUUGGAAUUGAUUUUUACAACUUUGGCGAUAUUCACUCCUCCUGAACUCUUGUAAGAACUAGACAGCGCGUGUGUUUUCUGUUUUUAUGAAAUGUAAACAGAAGAUGAAAAUGUUUACCACCAUGACAGGAAUGUAAGUAUGACUGGUUAUGUCACUAAUUGUUUGGUUAAAUGUAGAACAAUUUUUACAAGAUUCUUAUGUCCUUGGCAAAACCCAUCUUUGACUCUGGUUUAAGCACUCAUCUAUGUUUAUGAACUGUUGAAAUAUCUGCCAACCGGUCGGGUAGGCAAAUGCCUUGUUCAAGGAUUGAGCUUUUGUUCAAUAUAUAUUGAAUUAUUAUUUUUUAUUAUUUCUUUCCUUCAGAUGCAGGAAGAAUAGCAAUAACCUGUUAAUAUGUUAACUGUCUGAAAAAGCGAUGUAAAUAUUUGUUGGUUUUGUGUUGCCUUUGUAAACAAUUAGUACAAGUGGGGCAAGGAAAUGAAUGAGGCUUCAUACCCAACAGUGUGGCUGAUAGAGGUUUUAGCCCCUUGCCCGUGCGUCCCACAGUAAAUAACAAAUACUUUCAAGGCAUUAGGUUAAAAUCUGAGUACCAGAGAUACCAGGUAAUGACUCAAAUUUUCUAACAUUGGAAUUAUUUUACUGCAGACUGUACCACUUUUAACUUUUCAACCAGUUAGCAAUAUUGGCAAAAGUUGUGGAGUAAAUUAAGUGUUUCCUCCUACUCUAAAAAGAGGAAUAAAAAGUGUAAAAUUGAAGACUAAGGUGGGUAAACUACAAGAAUGAUCAGGUGUUAAAUACAGGCCUAUGGAACAAAGGCUCAAAGGUCAAAUUUAAUGUCAGAGAAAUGUAUACAAUAUACAUCCUGAAAUACUUUUUCUAUUUGGUUCCAUAAUAUUACAAUACUAUGAAAACACAAGGGAGGGUGGACUGAACAUGUCGUGGGUGCAGCCUGCAAAUGUUGUCUUUGCCUUUUCUUUACCUGUGGGUUUGCAACCUGCCACAAUAUUUAUUGGAUUGUACAGUUAAGUACAUAUUUAACAGGUAUGAGGGAUUCCCUUUUCAAUCAUUUCACAGUUAGGUAUUACAAAGAAGUCUGUGAUUUAAUACAUAUUUUGGCAAGAAGGAAGUUGUUCAUCCAUUGUAAAAGGGGUACCAGUACCAGACUGCUGGAAUAUGCUUCCAGUUAAACGAGGCAAACUUUAUGUGGCCCAUAACUAGUUCUGAGCUGCCAUAGGUUUUGUGCCAAGUGUUUACAUUCCCACUCUUCUCAAAGGAAUCUCUGGUUACUCCUGUUUCAAAUCUAUGGUUGCAAUCUGGGUUUUGUUUCUCAAUAUUCAGAGAAUGCACUGAAAUGAGAUUGAACUCCUCAGAGGAAGUCUGGAUGUUGUAUAUUUUUAUGGUGACAUUCAGAAUAAAGUUUUACAGACUGUGAUUUGCAGUGGUUUUAGCCAAAGUUUCUGUUCUUUUUUUAAUCUCCCAAACUUUAGCCCUUUGAAGAGAGCAGAUCAGGAGUUGAAAUCUAACUAAUAUAGGAAGCCAACUUGGUAAACCUUUCCGAUCCUCAGCAAUCUGACUAGAUUUAUUUUAAAUUAUUAUUUUUAUCAUUGGAUAGGGGCUCUACUUGUCUUUUGGUUAGAGUUGAGCCCUUAAAAACAAAUGAUGGAAUUGUCUCAAUCUUGUUUGUCAGCCCUUACCCAAAAUAUUCUACUGAAUUGUAAGAACUUAGAAAUAUUCCCUACUGAUCCCAUGAUUCAUCAUGCUAACUAGGCAUUUCUUCCUCUUCAAAUUGUUAUGCUUCUAAUUUUAAUUCUUAACUGAGUGACGUAGAAUGCAACGCAAAUUGAUUAGCUAAAAUGCUGCACAGAAAAUGUUUUGAUUUUCUAAACAGAGGAUAUUCAUAUAUGUAACAAUUGGAAUGAUUUCCUGCACAGUUUUCAGUUCUGUGAGCACAGAAGGUUGAUUGGCAUUCGGGUAAUCAUUGCGUGACUCAACAGUUUCUCUUAAAUCUUUAUUCUGAAUGUAUGUUUAUGAGAAUUAUAAAAGUAUAUGGUAUUUUAUAUUUUGAAAGAAUGAUAAUGGUGAAUGCGAUAUUUGUAAUUACUAAAAAUUUUUUUUUUGUAUUUUAGUUUUACAAUCUGAUUAAUUCAUGAUGUAUAAAUGAGUCCUUUGUUAUGUUUAAAAAGUGUAGAUUUCAUUUACUUGCACCAGCAAACAUUUCUGUGUUUCACCAAUUUCCACUCUUCAGUGUUAGGUACAGUGUUUGGAUUAAAA